UCGUCAUCAUCAACCCUUGUCAUAUUCAUAAUUCAUAAACCGACAAACUAAUAAUUGAGAGGGGUCGAACUUCUUUGAAAAAUAUUAUUUUCUUCCACCCUUUCGAAUCGAAAUUCGAGCGCAAGCGCAAUGCGAUUUUCCAUUUCAAUCAUCAUCGAACCACCGACAUUUAGUAUCCAGCGAGCUCUCGAGCGUCAACGAUGGAAAAACAAGAGUGCGUCAUCGCGCAGGAUGACGAUAAAAAGGCGAAUUUGAGCAUACAGUGGAAUCGUUGGUUGUUGACACCGAUCGGUGCCUGGCCAAAUUUACGCAAAUCAAGAAUAGGAAAAUGUUAUUCCUUGCUGAUCAGUAUUAUUUGUUACGGUUUGAUCGGUUUUAUGCUCGUGUCUUGUAGCAUGUUUUUGAUAGUGGAAAUCAAGAAGGUAUAUAACAGAAUCAAAAUGGUUGGUCCAUUGAGUUUCUUCUUGAUGACAUUCAUGAAAUAUUAUUUGCUAUUACUCCAUGAAAAUAACAUACGUGAAGGUAUCGAAUGCAUCGAAUGGGACUGGAAGAACGUGAAACACGAAGAAGAUAGGAAUAUCAUGAUCACGUAUGCGAAUUAUGGAAGGAAAUUAGUAUUCAUUUGCACAUUUUUCAUGUAUAGUGCAUUUGCAUUUUACUAUCUAGUCUUGCCGUUUAGCGUGGGGAAAAUAGAAGAUGGAAAUUUGACGUUUAUCCAAUUACCAUUUCCUUCGUCGAGUUUGAUCGCUGAUGUGCGUUAUAGUCCUUACAAUGAAAUCGUAUUGUCCAUUCAAAUUCUGACAGGUGUCGUGAUGCACGCUAUAACAUCGGCAGCUUGUAGUAUAGCCGCUGUAUUCGCAGUGCAUGCAUGUGGACAAAUGCAGGUGUUGAUGAACUGGUUGGAUCACUUGGUGGAUGGCCGAUCGGAUAUGAGCAAGGCUGUAGAUGACAGAAUUGCAAAUAUUGUAAUUCAACAUGAUCGAAUAUUAAAAUUUUUGGCACUUACAGAAAAAGCGCUUCAGCAAAUAUCUUUUGUAGAAUUUUUAGGCUGUACUGCGAAUAUGUGCCUUCUCGGAUAUUAUUUAAUAGUGGAAUGGAAUCCGAAAGAAAUAAUACUUUCAGUAACUUACGUAGCUUUAAUCAUAUCUAUCACUUUCAAUAUCUUCAUAUUUUGUUAUAUAGGCGAUCUGGUUGCCGAACAGUGUCAGAAAGUUGGUGAAAUGGCGUAUAUGAUCGAAUGGUAUCGAUUAACAGGCAAAAAAAAACUUUGCUGCAUUUUGAUCAUUGCAAUGUCCAAUUCAUCGGUAAAAUUUACAGCUGGAAAUAUGGUUGAAUUAUCCAUCUAUACUUUUAGCGAUGUAAAUGCAACCAAACAUUUGUACUAUAGCGAUUCGUAUCAAAGAAAAAAGUUCGCGCAUGCGCCAUUUUACCCGACUAUUAAAGCUCAAACUCAAGUCACUAUUCAUUCGACGAACGUCCUACGUGAAGUAUCUAUAAUGAAUCAAGUAAACGAACAAUCUGUAUCAAACGUGUCUUAUGCUCGCGAUUACGAGUACAGCAUUCAGGUGAAUCGUUGGUUCCUAAAACCGAUCGGUGCCUGGCCGAAUCUCACGAAGACCUCGAGAACUGAAAAAUUACUCGUCAAAUUAUUAAACUUUAUCUGCCAUUCGCUGAUUAUUUUCACGGUGAUCCCAUGCGCGAUGUACAUUAUCUACGAAGACGAGAAUUUGAAGACGAGGAUGAAGGCAAUCGGGCCGAUAAGCCAUUGGAUGAUGGGAGAAUUGAAUUAUUGUUGUCUAUUGAUGAGAGCAAAGGAGAUCGUCUAUUGCAUCGAGCAUGUGGAACAUGAUUGGAAAACAGUUCGAAGGGCCAACGAUCGAGAGUUGAUGCUAAAGAGCGCCAAGCUCGGUCGUUUCAUUGCGUGCAUCGCUGCACUUUGCAUGCAUAGCGGAAUUAUGUCUUACAACUUGAUCACAGGUUUCAAAAAGAUAACAUUUCAAAUUGGAAAUGACAGCUACUCAAUGUAUCGUUUACCUUGUCCAUUCUACACGAAUCUGUUAGAUGUUAGGUUCAGUCCCAUGAACGAGAUCGUAUUCGUUCUACAACUCGUCUCCGGAUUCAUCGUAACCUCGGUCACAGUCGGAGCUUGCGGACUGGCCGCCGUAUUAGCAAUGCACGCGUGCGGCCAGUUCAACGUGGUGAUGGCCAGGUCGGAUAACUUGGUGAAGGAUAACAAUGAGAAGAAACAGGACGAGCACACGCUUCACAAGAAGCUUGGUUUUAUCGUUGAGCAUCAUCUACGAACAUUAAGUCUUGUAUGGUAUAUGGAAAAAGUUAUGAAUAUGAUUUGCUUGGUUGAAUUGGUGGGAUGUACAAUGAACAUGUGUAUACUUAAAUAUUAUUUUCUCACGGAAAAAUCAAAAACAAUAUUAGCUAUAUACGCUAUCGUAUAUGCAUCUAUGGUCUUUAACAUAUUUAUAUUUUGUUAUAUAGCAGAGAUAGUUACGGAACAGGGCAAAAAAGUGGGAGAAAAAUUUUAUAUGACUGAAUGGUAUCAAUUACCUCAUAAAACUGCUCUCGGUUUAGUAUUAAUCAUCUCAAGAUCGAGUAUGGUAAUUAAAAUCACUGCUGGAAAAUUCAUACAAAUUUCUAUCGCGACUUUUGCCGCUGUAUUUAAAGCAUCUUUUGCAUACCUCAAUAUGAUCCGUACAAUUGCGAUGUGAAUGGCGAUAUAUGAAAUGUGCAACUUCUAAUAUUGUAGAUAUUUUACAUACCGAAAAGAGAAAAAGAAAGUAAACAUUCAUUAUUAUCCAUGUUAUCACUA